AUGAUGCCGGAAUCGACAGCGAGGGCUGAGAGUUCCUGCAAGCGGUGUCAUCGCCGCAAGAAACGCUGCGACAAGACCUUGCCCCAAUGCCGUGCCUGCAAGCACGCCAAGAUCGCAUGCAGCUUCCUCGAUGACGAGACACAGGUGGCUUCCUAUCCAGUCGCCUAUGUGCGCGGGUUGGAACGUCGCGUGAAGGAACUCGAACAGCAGCUUGUAUCGUCACUGACUCCGCAAAACUCGCAGAAUGACCCGUCUUUGCAUGCUUGGGACCAAAGUCCCGACUUACCUGUGGGGGAUGACCCUCUGUUUUUUGAGAAUCCAACAGAAGCCACGAACAAACCGCCUCAUGCGCAGCCCGUCGAGAACAUGAUACGUUCCCUGGACACCCUCCCAAUCUCGCCGUUUGUGGAUGCCCCAGCGCAACGAUCAGAAAAUAUAGCAGAGGAACUACGUCUGCUAUCGUUAGAAGCGGCAGCAGAACGCUACCUUGGCUCGUCGUCAGGGGUUUCCUUCGCCAAACUGACCGAAUCGGUACUUCGGCGAUUGUCCCCAGACCAAGAUGGCUUUGUAUUCGAUGAGGCGAAUAAUGAGGAGAAUCCAUAUCCCGUCUGGAACAUGGAUACUUUGUCCAACAUCAAUCCGGUUUUCUUCGAGAUGAAUCACCCACUUGCCAGUCUUCAAAAUUUUACUUCGAUCCUCGACAACACAUCUACCGAGGAAUAUGGAGACGUAAUAGACCUGGCCUUGUUGGAUCCUGGUCACAUCAGCUACAUCCUGGGAUUUUACUUCGCCCACUCCCAUACCCUAUAUCCGAUCAUUCGAAAAAAAGACUUUGAACAGGUUCUGUGGAGGGUCUAUGCCGACCCGUCUGACCCCUUAGGCCAGUCUUCACUGUGGCAAUUCCGAAUAUGGAUGAUUCUGGCAAUCGGAUCGACGACCUACUGCUCGGUUUCCUUGAUGGAUGAGGAUGAGCCGGUUCGAUUCUUCAACAAGGCCAUGACCUAUUUCGAGGCGGCCAUGGGCUGCGGCGAUUUGGUGAAUACGUGGUUCCUGGUCGGCGUGGCUGCGCGCAUGGCGACAGGCAUGGGACUCCAUACCUCCGAGAUAUAUCAGGCUCUACCGGUGGACGUCGCUGAGCAACAGAAGCGAAUCUUCUUCUCCCUAUACAUGAUGGAUCGGGUUGUUUCAUUGGCUUUGGGUCGCCCUUUCGCUAUCCAAGACGACGAUAUCACAGUUGAGCCAUUUGCGGAUGCGGAUGAUGAAAAUAUCAAGCCGGACGCAAUAGCACCCUCUCACAGUCUGGAGCCAUCCCCAAUGGCCGUACCACUUCAUAUUCUGGCACUACGAAAAAUUGCCAGUGACAUUGGUACCAGAGUACACUCAACAAGACUUGGUUCUCAACAAAAUCCAGAGGUACGGGAUCAGACGAUCCAAGAUCUCCACAAACGACUUGUCGAAUGGCGCCGUGACAUGCCAUUUCCACUCCCUGAUCUACAAUCAAAAGUGCCCCAUCUUUGUACGAGCUGGUUUGACCUCAACUACUACACCCACAUUAUUAUGCUAUAUCGCCCUUCGCCGCUCAACCCAAACUUGGAUGCCUCCGGAAUGAAAACCCUUGCAGAAGCCUCUGGCAUGGCAAUUCGACAAGCAAUUAACUUACAUCGCCAACACCGAUUCGCCUACAAUUGGCUUAAUUUAGUUGCAGUCUUUAACUCCGCUCUUUCUCUGAUGUAUACCUCAACGGCACAGGCCGACAAUUUGUUUCUGGUCGUGGACCAUAGCAGAGCAAUCACUGACUUGGAGCUAGCUGUGGAACUGUUAGAUUCUUUUGGACGGAAAUUCUCCUCUGCUAAAAAGAUUCAAAACAUGAUAAAGCCGGUGAUAGCCAGGCUCAAGGUGCAUACUAUCUCGUCGGUCGGUUUUUGA